UCUAACGCACAGACUGGGAGUUAGUGUGUGUGCGGAUCUGUGUGCAGGAGGAGGUAUCUCAUUCCCCUCCAACAUCUCCUCCACUUUGCAUCUGUCUCUCACAGUUAGCUUUUUUUCUCUCCUACCCCCUCAUUGAUUCUGCAAAAGAGCUGCAGCCGGCCAGCUUUUCUACUACAGCGGACUUAAUCAAGUUGAUGCAUACUGCAGGUACUGUCUAUGGGGAAGGGUCUGGGGCACUGGGAUGGUUUUGUUUUCCAGGGCUUUUCCCAGUGUCUGGAUACUUUUAGUCAGAGCUCUAUGGAAAGGGAAGUGAAAGAUUUGUAUGUGUACAGUAGUUGUGUACCGUAGCUAAGCAGGAGACUGGUGUUUUUGUAGUCAGGAAGAGGUUUCCAAGUGAGAUUUUAACUGAUCUAUUUGUUUGUGGAUGUAGUUUUUCUCUGGUUUGUUGUGAGCAAGUUGGGCUUGGAGUUGAUUGCUGGUCCAUUGAUUGUUGAAUGUUUGUUGAAAUUAUUAUCAUUUUUUUGGGAAAUUAUUCUUAUUUGUUUCAACCAAAAUAUAUUUCGUAAUUUGUGUUGAAACUAAUGCUUAAAAGCUAUUUAACAAGUAUUUAUUGUCUGGUAAACACACAGUAUUACUUUAUCAACAUUUUAGAUAUUUAUACUCAAAGUUAUUCUGGUUAAAACAUCCCAGAAUGAUGUAAAAAAUAAAAUAAUCAAUAUGGUCAUUUUCACUAAGAAUAAUUCAAUGUUUUAAAUCUAAAUGGCUGUGAAAUUACUUGAAAGCCCAAUGUCCUCUUUCCCAAGCUUGUGUUCAUUUUUUCUGUUGGUGGUGACUAAUUUAGAACUUGCAGAUUUGAGCUGCCUGAAUUGGCUAGACAGCUGUAAUCGCACUCCUCCUAGUCUUAAUCUCUUUAUCUGGGCAGCAGCUGCCAUAUGGCCCCAGUCAGCUGCAUCAGAUGUUUGUAAGCCUCCUUCUCCGUCCCUCUCUGUCCUGACAGACCCCUAAUUUGAUCGCUGCUACCUUGUGAGUUGUCCUGCUAUCUUUAUUUUUAGACAUCUUAAGGAUUAGGAUUGAGGUAGACUACAGGGCACUUAAAGUGAUUGUAUUGUAAAUCUUCAGUGCUGGUCUCUUUGAGGAGGAUGUGCAGUUUCUCGAAAUAUUUGGGGAGGGGGAGCGUGGGGUGGUGGGGGUUGGCUGGGGGGUUGGACAUCCUUGUCCCAGUAAGCGUCUCAUUAAAGAAAAUCUGAACUCUGCUCCAAUGAGGGGGAUCGCGCACUUGUUCACUCACAUUCAAAUGGGUUUAUUUAACUGCUUUGGUUAAUGGUCAGGCUCAUGUAUUAUUUCAGGCAAGAAAACGCUACUUGGUUAACAGGUGUGGGGGAGGUUUUCUCAUUCAGAUUUCUGAAUCUGUUAUUAUGAAAGUUGAUUUAGAAAAACGUAUUCAUGGAAUGUAUUUUAUGAAUAGGACUCUCUUUUUUUAUUGGAUCUAACUAACAGUGGGAGUUGGCAAUAAAUGCCCUUUUGUAAUUACCAACAAGGCAGCUUGUUUUUCAAACCCUUCAAUUCCGCAUGUACAGUUGUCAUUCUCAGUAUACUUAGGCCUCUGGAAUAGGUAGCUUGUGUAUGUGGGGACUGUUUGUGUACCGGAAAGCCUGUUACCUAAAGAGGCUGACCAGGCUAAAGUGGGUUAUUAAAAAGAACCACUAGGAGCUGGGAGAGUAAAAGCGUAGAAGCUGUUCAGUUAGCAGGCAGGCGGGCAUCUGUGUGACCAGGAGGCGCUCAGCUGCUGAAGCCUCUCUGUGAUCAUGUGGAACGGCCAUAGAUCGCAGUCUAGAGCAACACCUCUCCCAAAUAUCAUCUGGAAACAUUUAGGUUAAUGGAGCAAUUAGACUUUAUCCGUUUUUUAUUUGGUGUUUGUGUGUCUGAAAGUUUGAAUUUGUUGUUGCUAAAACAUGUUAGCAGAAUUUAAAAAGGAAAAUGUAUCUUUGGUGAUGUUUUAGUGACAUUGUGUUUUGUAGAUAUAGUUUAAAAUGUCAAGGACUUCAUGUGUAGGAUAAUUUGUUGUUUUAAUCUGUUCCUUUUUUAAUGAGAGAGAGGGCGAGUGAGUGCAAUUGUGUGUGCAUGAGGUGAGAGCGAGUGAGAGCUGAGUGGAUGAGAGGAUCCAGACCGGUUGUAUACAAGCUGAAACAAAACAGUAGCUGUUCUAAAAUAAUGUGCCUAACAUCUGCUGUCUGUUCUAGGUUAUGAAGACAGCAUGGAGUUCCCAGACCACAGCAGACAUUUGCUACAGUGUCUGAGCGAGCAGAGGCAUCAGGGUUUCCUUUGUGAUUCCACUGUGCUGGUCGGCGAUGCCCAGUUCCGAGCCCAUCGAGCAGUGCUGGCUUCAUGCAGCAUGUACUUCCAUCUCUUUUACAAGGACCAGCUCGACAAAAGGGACAUUGUUCAUCUGAACAGCGACAUUGUUACAGCCCCGGCGUUCGCUCUCCUGCUGGAGUUCAUGUACGAGGGGAAGCUCGAGUUCAAAGCCCUGCCCGUGGAGGACGUGUUGGCUGCUGCCAGCUUCCUGCACAUGUACGACAUUGUCAAGGUCUGCAAGAAGAAGCUGAAGUACAAAGCCACUGCGGAGGCAGACAGCACCAAGAAGGAGGAGGACGCCUCCAGCUGCUCUGACAAAGUAGAGAGCUUCUCUGAGGGCAGCACGGGCCACCCGGCCACAGCCGACCUACUGCCCAGUGACGAAGAGGACCUGGAGGCCAAGCAGGACCCCAGCAACCUGUGGAUGAGGCUGCCCUCCGACCGCCCGGGCACCCCGGCCACCGCCACCAGCCCAAGGGAGACUGACGCCCAUGGCAGUCCCCCCAAACUGCAGUCCCCUGCCGGUAGCCCCAGCAGCUCUACUGGCUCCCUGUCCCGGAGGUCCCUGGGCUCCCAUGGCUCCCGAAGCUCCCGCAGAGUGUCGGCGGAUGCAGACUGUGUCCUGGACUUGUCUGUGAAGUCCAGCCUGACAGGGCCCAGCGAGGCCUUGUCCAACAACCCCUACUUCUGUGGCCGGGUGACGCCCGACAGCCUGCAGGGCACCCUGGUCCAGGUGAAGCAGGAGAAGAACACAGGCUCAGAUGAUGAGGGCCUGGUGAGGGGCGACUACGAAAUGGACCACAGCGGGCCCAAAGCCACCCCUCCCAGAACCAACGGAGGACUGAACCACCACGGGAUCGGCAGCCAUGCUCACAGACGCCUGGGCCUGGAGGCCCACCUCUCGGCCCUGCGUGACGCCUCCCUGGCCAGCGAACUGGAGCGUGACGACAAGGUCAGCGAUGAUGACAUGCUGGGGGGAGAGAGUGAGCGGGCCCAGGUCGAGGCGGCCAGCAUUGACAGCGCCCUGCUUCCCUACGUGUCCAACAUGCUGAACGCCCCCCACACUCAGAUCUUCAUGUGCCCCCUGUGCAACAAGGUGUUUCCCAGCCCGCACAUCCUCCAGAUCCACCUCAGCACACACUUUCGCGAGCAGGAGGGUGUGCGCGCCAAGCCCGCCAGCGAUGUCAACGUGCCCACCUGCUCGAUCUGCGGCAAGACGUUCUCCUGCAUGUACACCCUGAAGCGCCACGAGCGGACUCACUCCGGGGAGAAGCCGUACACGUGCACCACGUGCGGUAAGAGCUUCCAGUACUCCCACAACCUGAGCCGACAUGCUGUGGUGCACACCCGAGAGAAGCCGCAUGCCUGCAAGUGGUGCGAGCGGCGCUUCACCCAGUCCGGGGACCUGUACCGCCACAUCCGCAAGUUCCACUGCGAACUGGUCAACUCGCUCUCGGUCAAGAGCGAAGGCCUCAACCUCCCCAACCUCCACAGGGACUGGGCCAUAGAGGAUAGUUCUCAAGAACUGUGGAAGUGAACCCUGCUGAAAUGAUCAGGACUUUGUUUUUAAGCUAAAUGAGAGAGGUGUCAGUGAAGGUUGGGCAGCGAGGUAAGGGGAGUUGGAGCAGGGGCUGUGGGUGGGAGAGGGAUCUGAAUCAGUCAUGUUUCUUGUACGUAACAUUGCAAAAUCUUGUUAAAUGGCACUUUAAUAGCACAUGAACAUGUUACUACUGUUUUCUGUUCCAGUCCUUUGUUUUAUUCUAUUCUAUUCUAUUUGUUCUGAUUUUGUUUAAAAAAAUGUAAACAUGGCCGCUGGAAUCAGUAGCCAGUGUUUAGUUAUUUUUAGAUGUCUUCUUGUGUAUAUACACAAAUGUCUAUACACUCCUUAAUCUAAGGCACACCUUCAAUGACAACCAUAUGAAGUGUUCAGGUAAUACACACUGAAGUGAAAGACUAUUAGAAUACACUAAACGGGUACUGUGAUCAUGAAUAUAUACCAGUACGCAUACAUGUGUGUAUGAAUACAUGUGUGUAUAGUGCACUACUCUAAUUUCAUUAUCACAUUUCAUCUGUGUGUGUGUGUGCGUUUGGAAUUGUUUUGCUCUGCAAAGAGGUCUGAUCUAAAUAGCUACAAGCUUCUGCUCCUUAAGCUCUUGUACAUUUUGACUUGUGAUAGGAAACUUGACUGAUGAAAGACAAAUGGCACUCAUGCAAUGUACAGUUUCAUUUUUCACAUUAAUUGGAAGUAUUUUCUAAAACCCUUUAUAAAUGAUUAUUUUAGAAUUUCUUAAAUCUCUAUUUGCAGCUUUUAAAUAUCCUUUGUUGAACCGAAUGUAAUUUAAGUUGGCUGUAUUCUAUAGGUUUCCGUAGUGAUUAUAUGGAUUUAUUUUUUGGAAAAUGGGAUCUGUUAUUGCAUGAAGUCCAACCUGUAUAUUUGAAAUGUGAAUUGCUGUAUUACUGUACACUGUAAUUGAACAAAUAUAGAACAGACUAUGUGAAUACUCCAAGGGUGCAGUCUGUUAAAAAAACUGAAUAUUACAGCUAUGGAAAAUGCAUGAAUAUGAUUUAUUGACCUUUUGUUGUUGUUGUUUUUUGCAUUUGAGGAGUGUAUUUUAAAUUAACUAAUUCUAUUCUUAAGUAGUUGAUUUAUUUUCUCUGCUCCUUUUGAGAGUCCGUUGGGACUCCUUUGAAAUGUUCUGCUGGGCUGUGAAGAUUUUUUGUCAAUGUACUGGUCUUGAGUUUGAGUUUGUGUAGCGGUAUGUGAGGUGAAGCUUGUCGUCAGACAGACAGAGGUGGGCAGUGUGGGCUGAAUGCCAACAGUGACCUAACUAACGAACUAAUCUACAGAAGAUCUCCACUAGUGUGUUUGCCUCCCGUCCACACAGCACUUCGUCACAGUCUACUCUGCUGCAUGGUGGUCAGGGAGCUAAGGUUCCCAACUGCUGUAUCUAUCCAGUUGACGUUCUUCUUUGGUAUUUUGUGCUCUCUCAUUGACAUGAAGUAAGCAUUGUGGGUAAUUGAUUUAUUUAUAUUUUCAUUUGGCACUUGUUUCUAACUGUGCGGCCAAUGAAAAUGCGUCACACUUUUCUAUCUGAGGUAUGAGAGAGAGAGAGAGAGAGAGCG